AUGGGAGUCUUGGCUGAUGGUUUUCAUUUUGCAUAUAUCAACCACUGCCUUCUGGGUGCAAGACUUCUGAUGAGAAAUCAGAGGAGAACCUUUUGGGAAAAUGACAGUGAAGCCCUCUUUCUCCCAGGCUCACGGACUGAUGUCGCUGUGAAAGUGCUGAAGAAAGGAACAUUUAAUGCUUCCAUCAAAAGUGAGGUGUCCAUUUUGAAGACGCUGCAGCAUCCCAACAUUGCUCGUCUCAUCGAGGUGAAGGAAACAGUCGAGAGGGUUUAUCUCAUCCUUGAAUACGCAAGUCGGGGGACCCUGCUACGGUAUGUUCGAAAGUCCCACCACCUGCAGGAGACCCAGGCCCGUGAAUUUUUCAGACAAAUUUGUUGGGGAUUGGCUUAUUGUCACCAGCAGGGUGUCGCACACCUCGACAUUAAGCCCAAUAACAUUUUAUUGGAUUCCACCUACACAAUCAAAAUCUGUGAUUUCGGAAUGAGCACCAGGUUCACGGUAGGAGAGCAGCUGUGUCAGGCAGGCGGCGCUUGGUCACACCGUGCGCCUGAAAUGUUUCUUUAUUGUAAGUACCAUGGCCCCAAGGCCGAUGCCUGGAGCUUGGGAGUAGUACUGUACUUCAUGACUGUGGGAGGUUCCCCUUUCAGGGCAGAAACUUUCAAGGAGCUUCGCAAGAAUAUCCUGUGUGCAAAGUACCACCUUCCAAGGCGUGUUUCUGCUGAGUUAAAAAACAUCCUAGGUCGUCUGUUGACCCGUGACUCCAGCCAGAGGGCCACGGUGGAGGAGAUCCUGGAGCAUGCCUGGGCCCACCAAGAUGCUCCCAGUCCUCCUGUCCAGACCCUGGCUGCAUCCCUGAACCCUGCCAUAUUAUCGGCUAUGGUUGCCAUAGGCUAUGACGCUAGAGAAAUUGUACGAUCACUACAAAAUAGAGAAAUAAAUGACACCACUGCCAUGUACCUUUUGUUUGAACAGCGGGCACGCCAGGAUUCUAAUUGCCCUAUGGAACUUGAUUCUAUACAACCAGUAGUUCCACCUUGCCCGUCUCCUGCAAGUCUUUCCACCCGUCCCGAGACACUAAGGAGGAGAGCCAGCGCACCUGCAAGCCUUAGCUCUUUCUCCUUCUCAAUCCUAACAUGGAAAUUGAAUCUGCCCCAGAAUGACCACAACUCAGGAAAGAAUGGCAGCAAAAGAAUCUUCCUGACCACCAGUCCCCUCUUCACCCCGCAGAGGAGAAGCCCAAACGCCAGCAGAGUCCCCCCACAUGCUUGCGUGGAACUCAAAGGAGGCAAGUCAUCUGAGCAUAAGUGCUCUGCACAAAAUGCCCUUCCAGUUGGGCAGCCCCAGGAGGUGAUCAGAGGUGCUGAACGCAACAGGAGCAGGGGCUGGAGAGGAGCCGCCAGGAGGAUAGUCACCACCCUUCUCAGAAUGUGCUGUUUUCCUUCCUGUUCAAACGAAUGCCACCGAGGAGGGCAAGCGGAUGUUAGCUUGAAUCCUCGACUCCACACUCUGAUUUCUGCAAAUAUCACAGGAAUUUCAAAAUCAUAA